UGUAUUUUGUAAACAAACACCGGCAAACGUUUUGAACAGUUAUUAUUGUGUUUUUUCUCCGUAAAAUGGCAAACGAUAAACGAACAAUUUACGUUGGAGGCUUAGCUGAUGAAGUAACUGAAAAGUUAUUGAACGAUGCGUUCAUUCCCUUUGGCGAUAUCACGGAAAUUCAAAUGCCAAUCGAUUACGAGACACAAAAACAUCGAGGUUUUGCUUUCAUUCAAUUUGAAACGGGUGAAGAUGCCGGCGCAGCAAUUGAUAACAUGGACAAUGCUGAGUUGUGUGGAAGGACAAUUCGAGCAAAUUCAGCAAAACCUCAACGAAUGGGAAAUAUGUUGAAUAGCAAUAAGCCCGUUUGGAAGGAUGAUCAAUGGUUACAAGAACAUGCAGGCGCGACUCUUAAAGACAAAGAACAAAAAGAAUCUGAUCCAGCUGCUCCCAAUGCGGGCGAAACAGGAGGCGUUACGGAAACAAAACAACCCGAAGAAACAAAAGACAAAAAUCCUCAAGUUUACUUUGACAUCCGGAUAGGCGGAAGUGACGCAGGUCGAAUUAUCAUGCUCUUGAGACACGAUGUUUGUCCAAAAACUGCAGAAAAUUUCCGUCAACUUUGCACGGGUGAACAAGGAUUUGGUUACAAAGGAAGUUCAUUUCACCGAAUUAUCCCCGAGUUUAUGUGUCAAGGAGGCGAUUUCACAGCCGGCAAUGGCACAGGAGGCAAAUCAAUUUACGGCAAAAAAUUUGCUGAUGAAAAUUUUACUUUGAAACACAAUCGCUUUGGAACACUUUCAAUGGCAAAUAGCGGGCCAAACACCAAUGGAUCGCAAUUUUUCAUUACGACAGCAAAGACGGAUUGGCUCGAUAAUAAACAUGUGGUAUUUGGUCAUGUCAUCAGCGGUGCCGACGUAGUGCGAAAAAUGGAAAAGUGUGGGUCGAAAAGCGGUACGCCUUCACAAAAGAUUGUCAUACAAGCGUGCGGAGAAUUGAAAUAAAUUUUAAUUAUUUUCAUA